AUGCCUGACAGCUCAGGUGUCAGAAGCCCUGAGCCCUCGCGUAAUUUGGAACCCACACAAGGCAAAAUCAUCUUCACACCCGCCUCUUCCUCCAGUCCACCCAAACUCUCACCACCCUCGUCGUACGAGCUCAACGCCCUUUCCUUCAAGAUGGAUUCCAGCAAGACCCCCGUCAAGCUCGUCAAGGUGACCCGUGUCCUCGGCCGCACCGGUUCCCGUGGUGGUGUCACCCAGGUCCGCGUCGAGUUCAUGGACGACACUUCCCGCUCCAUCAUCCGUAACGUUAAGGGCCCGGUCCGCGUUGACGACAUUCUCUGCCUGCUCGAGUCCGAGCGUGAGGCUCGCCGUCUCCGUUAA